GUGCGGUCACACUGGCCGAUAGGCAACUAUCGAAAGAAUACCAUCCCUAGAUCAACAAUUGUGCGCGAAUUUGUGGAUUUUGGACGGCAGGCGUGUGGGAAAGCGUGAACACCAAUUGGAAUUUUAACUUUGCACUUAUUUCUUACCGGCAGCUGAUCCAAAACUGUUGUUUAAUUUAAAAUUCGCUUGUUCAAAUGAAUUCCACACAAAGCCCCGUGUACCACACAUCCGUUGAACAAAAACGGCAUGCUCAGGAUGUGGCCCGAAGGCAGAGGAUGGGCAAACAAAUGCCCAAAUUGCGCGAAAUGCUGCGUGAGAAGUACCGCAAGCGCAUCAUUGAAACCCGCAAGCAUUGCACUGACUCCAAUCGUGAAUUACAAUUGGCGGAACUCAGGGAAAUUCUUCGCAUGGAGCUUAGUGAGUUGGAGCACGACUUGGAGCUGGAGCAGCUGAUCUUGGACGAGCUGCUCUCCGAUGUGAAUGAAUGGUACGCCCUGGGCGAACAGAACCUGGAAACGCUUUACGUAGAGCCAGAUAAUAAGCAACAGCAGCAGAAGGAGGUUCUGUGUCCCGUUUGCCAGAUGAAGCCCUUGCAGCGUGAGAAGAGGGGUUACCUCUGCGAGUGUGGCGUUCAGUUUGAACACUCUGCUGACAUGGAACAGCUCCAGAAGUUGCUGCGCCACCAGAUAGCCAGUCACGAGCUAAAGUGCACUCAGGCCCUGCGCUUCUUUAUUGAACCCUCUUCGGGACACCUGUACAACAUGUGUGGCAGCUGUGACUACUUCUCAUCCGUAUAG